UGAAUAUUUUUUUCCCUUCCCAUAUUAUGACCGUCCUUCUCUUUUAAUAUAUAUGCGCAAAUGAUGCGCAGCGUAGAAGUUCUCAUUAGCGAAAUCUGACACUGGCAGUAACCACACCUCGCAAGUCCGGGGUUUUCGUAGCAGCUGGAUGGCUAGCUGUCUAGCCUGGCAUCUGGAAGCUGUGACAUUGAAGAGGAGGGAAGACAGCAUUGAAGACAAGGUGCCACAUGGAAGAUUUACUAGCGAUCUAAUUACAUUAUUAUAAAAGCUAGCUAUGCUACCGGCAUUUUGAUAAACACAGCUAACGUUAGUUAACUACCACGCAUAUUUUGUGUGACUGCGAACGUGAGCUGCGUCUGAAAACAAACUUCCAGGACCAGACUAACAUUUUCUCAUGACAGCAAUAUCAACAAUAGCAUGACUACUACUAGCCUAGGCCCUAGCACUCCCCCGCCGGUUAAACGUCCCGGUAGACAGCUGUCACCUGGAACUUUCCUUGGGUAAACGUCUGGACGGUCCGUGUAUAUACCCUUAGUUACCACCCGUAGCUAAAUAUAUAUUGGUGAGAAUGGAUUCCUCCUCGGGCUUCGGGAGUGACGAGCAGUGCUUGGCAACUGUAAGAGGACAGGAGGUAAGGCUGUCCGGUCAGAAGGAGCCCAGGCUACUGUCACUGAUUGAGUUCUCUGGGGAGUUUAUGUUAGGUGUUUUGGCUAACCCUGAUACUGUUGUGUCCUGUCCGGUACAUCAGUUGUCCAUACCCAUCAACAGUCAUUUUCAGAUUGUGCGAGAGGCCGAAGAAGCGCUGCUCAUUGACUUGCCAUCAAAAACUUGCGUUAGGAUACGGGUCAGAGGGGAGAAAGCCCUGGAGCUGAUUCUGGAGCUCCAGGAUGAUGAGCGCAGCCAGUCCUUCUUCUCCCAGUUGAAGAGGGCCAAACAGCAAGUCGAGUCCAAAAGCACGCAAAUCAAAGCGAUGGAUCCUAUCAUGCCGGCUCCCCGCAAGGUCUCUGUCCCAGUCCCACCCAUCCCUCCUCAGAGAGGGAUCCACAAAGCUGUCAACUCUCACACCAAGCCCACCGGCGUACCGCCACCGCCUCCCAACCUCAACAACAGCUCUUCAGCCAACCAGACUGGCACAGCUGACAGACAGGACCCAGCUCUCUCUCUGGCCAUAGACUUUGGCUUCGAGGACAACUUCAAUAAUUCCCUCAAAGUGGAGGAGAAGAAGAACCAGCAGAAUGGCAUCGGGCCUCCCCGGGAAGCUCCUCCAGUUCCCCCUCUGCCUCCACGUAAAGGCUCCUACACUCCCUCCAAUCCUCUCCCACCCACGCCCAUCCCCACUUCCAAAGACAGAGUUUUGUCCAUACAGGCUAAAGAUGCCGCCUUCAUCACGCCUGCCAAAACAGAUCUUAGUGUUGACCGGCCCACCUCGUGGUGUGACAGCCCCACCACCAACAGCAUGCGGAACGCCAUGUUCUCCACUCAGGCCAGCCAGAGAGAGUACCUCAUCAAACACCGCCUGGCCAAGAAGGAGAAGGAGUACGUAGACAUCCAGGACUUCAGAUUCUUUUCUGGAACGUGGAAUGUGAAUGGCCAGUCUCCAGACAGCAGUCUAGAGCCCUGGCUGUGUUGUUCGCUAGAACCCCCUGACGUCUACGCUCUGGGUUUCCAGGAGCUGGACCUGAGCACAGAGGCCUUCUUCUAUCUGGACUCCUCUAAGGAGCAGCUGUGGGUAGAGGCUGUGGAGAGAAGUCUGCACCCCAAAGCCAAGUACAAGAUGGUGCGUACCAUUCGACUAGUGGGCAUGAUGCUAGUGGUGUUUGUCAACAAGGUGCACAAGAAUCACAUUAAAGAGGUUGCGGCGGAGCACGUGGGAACUGGCAUCAUGGGGAAAAUGGGCAACAAGGGAGGUGUGGCGGUGCGCUUUGUGUUCCACAACACCAGCUUCUGUUUUGUCAACUCCCACCUGGCGGCCCACGUCGAGGACUUUGAGAGGAGGAACCAGGACUACAAAGACAUCUGUGCCCGCAUGAGAUUCCAGAUGCUAGACCACCCUCCCCACAAUAUCGUCAAACAUGAUGUAGUGAUCUGGGUAGGAGAUCUGAACUACCGGUUGUUUGUGUACGAUGCAGCUGAGGUCAAACAGCUCAUCUCCCACAACCAACUGAGGAAACUGCAGGAGUAUGACCAGCUGAAUAUCCAGAGACAGAACAAGCGAGCGUUCACAGACUUCAUGGAGGGAGAGAUCAAUUUCAUGCCCACGUACAAGUAUGACGCCAAGACGGACCGCUGGGACUCUAGUGGGAAGUGUCGUGUCCCAGCGUGGUGCGAUCGGAUCCUGUGGAGGGGCAGUAAUGUAAAGCAGCUCCACUACAGGAGUCACAUGGAACUGAAGACCAGCGACCACAAGCCUGUCAGCUCCCUCUUCAGUGUCGGGGUGAAGGUGGUGAACGAGGCACGCCACAAGAAAGUCUUUGAGGAGAUCGUGCGCAUGAUGGACAGGAUGGAGAACGAAUUCCUUCCGUCUCUGGCACUGACCCACAGAGAGUUCACCUUUAAGGACGUCAAGUUCCGCCAGCUGCAGCGGGAGAGUUUUGUGAUCUCUAACGAUGGGCAGGUCGCCUGCCACUUUGUCUUCAUCCCCAAGCUCAACGACUUGCAGUACUGCAAGAACUGGCUCCGCGCUGAGCCCAGCGAAGGCUUCCUAGAGCCCAACGAAACUUUAGAGAUCUUCCUGGAUGUGUACGUGAGCAAGGACUCGGUGACGCUGCUCAACUUGGGAGAGGACGCCAUCGAAGACAUCCUGGUGCUGCACCUGGACCGAGGCAAGGACUACUUCAUCACCAUCUCCGGCAACUACCUGCCCAGCUGCUUUGGUACCUCGCUGGAGACCCUGUGCCACAUAAAGAAGCCCAUCCGGGAGGUCCCCAUCACCAAGCUCAUCGACCUGGGAGAGGACAGCUACAUGGAAAAGGAGAAGUCCAGGGUGAGCUUCCUGAUGGUGGACAGUGCCGGCACCGAGGACAAGCCCUUAAAGAUUCCCAAGGAGGUGUGGCUGCUGGUGAACCACCUCUUUACCAUGUCCUGCCAGCAGGAGGACCUGUUCCAGACACCGGGCCUGCAGGAGGAGCUGCAGGGUGUCAUCGACUGUCUGGACACCAGCAUUCCUGACUCCAUCCCUGGUUGUAACCACUCAGUGGCCGAGGCCCUGUUGAUAUUCCUGGAAGCUCUGCCGGAGCCAGUGGUCUGUUACGAGCACUACCAGCGCAGCCUGGACUGCUCCCAUGACAGCCGCCUCUGCAAACAGUUGAUCUCCCAGCUGCCCCGGGCUCACCGCAACGUCUUCCGCUACCUGAUGGCAUUCCUCAAGGAGCUGCUGAAAUAUGCCCACAACAACAACCUCACUGCCAACCUCAUAGCUACCCUCUUUGCCAGCCUGCUCAUCCGACCCCCGCCCAACAUGGUGGGCCGACAGACAGCGCAGGACCGACAGAGAGCCAUCGACUUCAUUCUGGGCUUCCUCAUGGGAGGGGACGAGGAGUGAGGGGUCAGGGGAUCAGACAGCCGGGACCUUUUGAUGACAGACUGAGGAAUGGGGUUUUGGUGGACACACGGUCCAUGUAUGUGUGUAAGGGACCAUGGUGGAUUGUGUUGUGGGAGAACAAACAGUGCAAUUAUAUGGGACCCUCUCUUAUCAGACUCUUAUCAAUGCCCCAGCCUUUGUAGUGCUGUACUUCAGUCACUCACAACCAUCACCAUUAACCAAGUCCCAUAGUUUAUCUCUGCUCAUUGUGUGGCUGCAGGACCAGGAGUUUAGGUGUUGGGCAGCUUGGAGUGACAGUGAACAGUCAACUGACUGACGCCCCACUCCCCAGGCAACCCAUGCCCCAUUCAACCCCCACUGAGGACUGUUCCGUGCCCCAUUCAACCCCCACUGAGGACUGUUCCAUGCCAAAACGACUCCCUUUACCUGAUUUGAAUAUGAACUCUGAAUGGAAGUACAAUAUGUAUGUAGGAACCCACAGAUACUAAGAUAAUGAUGAUCUGUUAGUACGUUACACUAAAGAUACACGUAGAGGGUCGUGCAGAAAAUUUGGAUCGCAUUCUACCUGGUGGAUACUCCUCUCAGAGUGAAUGAUUCAACCCAUGGGUACGUAGUGAUAUCGCACGCAAGAGACUUCUGGGGAACACAGAGAGACUAAAUGAAUUCUUGCUUGUCCGAAAUACCGACCAAGGAAGUUUGACGUUCUUCUACAAGAUAAUGAUGACAAUCCGGAGCAGCCCUUUCUGGGAUCUGGGAGACAUAUUGGGAGAUGUGUUAGAACUGUCAGUGGGCUAUGGUUUAAACAAAUGUUAUUUAUGAUUUAUAUUCUUUCCUUACAUAACUUUGUACCAUCUUUAGAGUUUAUUUCAACUUCAUACUUCUUUUAAGAGACCACAUUUUGGAUAUUGAGCGUUAUCUCAGUUUCUCAGACCCAGAUUCAUCUUAUUGGAGAGUUAACAUUCGCGAUUGAACAUGCUUUUUUUUGUUGUUUCAAGAGUGGUUCAAUGUGGUUGUCUCAUCCAGCUAUCUUAAGAUGAAUGCACUAAUUGUAAGUCGCUCUGGAUAACAGUGUCUGCUACAUGACUAAAAUUAGUUGGCUUUUAGUCUUGAGUCCGGGAAGAACCCUCCCUACAGUUUGCUACAGAACAUAACAAAGACAAACCCACUACGGCAUCGAUGUCUUAACUGUUGCAAACAGUCCCUCUCCUGUCCGCAUUGACCUCUUGUGGGUUUUUUGACUCUGCUGUCACCUCUUAUUAUGGUGGUGUUCAAUAUGUAUGUAUUGUUUGUUGGUCAUGCAGGUACCAUCGUUUAAAUGCUUGUUUAUAUGUUUAUUUUCUCGCUUCAGCCUCGUCUGCCUCGCUGUCUGCCUUCAUACUGGUUAGGGCCUCAUUGUAUUGGGGCCUGUGUGCUCAGGCAGGGGCCUUUCUUGUCACAUUCGAUUCAGACAAUAUAAUGCCCUGUUUUACUGUCUUGAGUUUCAUCUAAAGUAGCACCCUAUACCCUAUAUAAUGCACUACUUUUGACCAGAGAGCGCUGGUCAAAAGUAGUGUGCUACAUAGGGGAAAGGGUGCCAUUUCGGACAUACCCUAAUACUUUUUUCAGUGGCAAAGCAUUUUUUACAGUGCAGGUUGAACAGGAUUUAGAUGUUCAUUACUCUCCGCUGAGACAAAACUGUUUUUUCCCCCCUAAUGCUGUCGUGGAACGUGUUAUGGUUGUGAAACGAGGAACUCUAAUGCUGUCGUGGAACGUGUUAUGGUUGUGAAACGAGGAACUCUAAUGCUGUCGUGGAACGUGUUAUGGUUGUGAAACGAGGAACUCUAAUGCUGUCGUGGAACGUGUUAUGGUUGUGAAACGAGGAACUCUAAUGCUGUCGUGGAACGUGUUAUGGUUGUGAAACGGGGAACUCUAAUGCUGUCGUGGAACGUGUUAUGGUUGUGAAACGGGGAACUCUAAUGCUGUCGUGGAACGUGUUAUGGUUGUGAAACGGGGAACUCUAAUGCUGUCGUGGAAUGUGUUAUGGUUGUGAAACGGGGAACUCUAAUGCUGUGACAUUUCUACAGUGUUUAUUCCCUUUGUUUUCCACACUGUCGUCUAGUAACGUUGGUAAUAAGGCGUGAAAACAGCUCCUGGCUGGCCUGUUGUGUGACACGCUUGGUCUAUGACACUUGUUUCCACUGGAAACGUUUCCCUCUCUUAUGUCUCCAGUCAACUAAUCUAGCCAGAAAAGCCUGUUACUUAGUCAACAGACAUGUACUGUAAUCUAGCCAGAAAAGCUACAGAAAAGGCAUUCAAAGUUUUAAAGUGUUUUUUAAUAUCGCAUGAUUUUGUAGCUAACACAAUGACAGGCUGUUAAUCAAAGCACUUAACAAUUUGGUUGUCUCUCUCUCAGCUCUCACCCAGAGAGGAUUUUGAGUGGAGUUGGCCCAAGUCCUGUGUGACUUCCGGACUGCAAUCAUCCGUACAGUACAUUCUAAAAUGGGCCCGAUGCGCUUGCAGCAUUCUUCAGAGUUGUCAUAGACUUAAGCGCUUUGCUUAGCUUUGCCAAACCAUGAUUGGCCCUGAAUGGAUUGGUCCUACCUGUUGUCUCGGACUCUUACCGAGGAGGAACAGUGAAUCUGAGAUUGUCAUCUCAUUCACAACACAAAGCUUUUACAUCAGAGACGAGGUUAUCCCCAGCUGCAGAGAUAUUGUCAGAAUUGAAUAUUCAAAUUGGGCCUACAUUCAUGUUGUCCUAGCUGUCCCUUCAUUCCCUGUCUGUGUUUUCAUGUGUUGUCUUUUCCUGCUCUACUCCCCUUCAUACUGUGGCUUUUGUAAUGGUCUGUCUAGUAAUAAUGCUACAUGUGCACAGCUGUUUUUGGUAUUUUUAAUUUAUUUAACGGAAAUAAAAUAAUGUAUGAAAAAAACA